CUAGUUAUUUUUUUUUAAUUAUGAACCUCUAUACAGUAAGUCUUAGUAGUUCUUGGGGAGGUAUGAAAAAUAAUAGUUACCGUUUAGUUAAUGGUGAACUACCACAUUAAUACUAAUCAGUUUCUUGUUAGUAGUAGUUAUUAGAGUGCUACUAUUGCGUUACUCGUUAACCCUGGAUCCGGAUUCUACAGUGUUAACUAAUUUUCAUUCAUUUUAAUUUUAAUGCGUUCUGUUCCCAAAUCAUGUGACCAAUGCAGUACGUCGAAACCCCAGUCGUUAGAUAACGCGCGUUACUUUCGGUUCUCGGAGAAACCGGCUGAAGGUCCGCCCACAGCCGCGAGAAACGAAACUAAGCCGCUAUUUAAAGCCGACCGAGAAAUGAAAGACGCAUUAUUACCGGAGACUUCAUAUUCAUAAACAGAUAUAUUAAGAUGGUCAAUCCAAGAGGAGGAGGAGGAGGGCAGUAUAGAGGAAGAGGAAGCUUCAGUGCCCCUCAAAGAAGAGAUGGUUCUGUGCCUGGUCAAAGACAAGCGAGCAGGUCACCCAGUAGAAGCAGAGGAGGAGGCAGAGGAAGAGGAGGUCGAGGUAACCAACAAGCCAGUGGAAGUACGAACAACCAAAGGGAAAGAUUGCCAGAUGAAAAAGCUUCAGGUGCAAGAGGAGGAGGGAGAGGAGGAGGAGAUGGAAGGGGACAAGGACAGAGGAGAGGAGUUAACCAGCAUCAUCAUCAGGGAAGGCCAAGCGGGAAUAACCCCCACCGCCCUGUGAUAAGAGGAGGCCUACACAAUGCCUCUUUGAAUUCUCGAGGAUUUGGAAGACCUGUUCAAGGGCACAUGCAUCAACAUUAUGCAAAUCAUGUACUUCCAGAUCCUCGCCGUCCUGAAACCACGGGUCACCAACAAGCCAGUGGAAGUAUGACUCAUUUAAGAGUUGGUCCACAAGGUGCAGAACCUCAAAGAGGAGGAGUAGAAGCUCAGCAAAGUAGAGGGGGAAAUGGUGGAGGAAGAGGAGGAGGAGGGGGAAGAGGGAGAGGAAGAGACGGCACCCCUGAAGUACGCAAAAUAGGAUAUAAAACGCUGGAAGACCUGCUGGAGAAAGAAGCAUCCGAGGUGGCCAUCACUCUUUCAUCUAGCACCGGGUUCAAGAAUCUGCUUGAUGACGAUAUGAGAAGUGACUUGGUGCAGCUGGUCUGUCAAGUUCUCUGCAAGGCCUUCAAAUCUAGAAUUGACCGCAAGAUUGUGCUGCACUUGGCUGGCAUCAUCAAGGACUCUCAGUUUUUCCGUAACAUUCUGCCGUAUCAUGUGACUGGAAUGAUAUCGGAUUGCAUGCAAGCUCGAAGGCAGAAGUAUCCCCAACAUCUGAGGAACAUCAUCAGCCUUCUCUCUGAAGUUCUCAACAUGUUUCCGCAGAGCUCUAUCCAGUCAGUCUCCAUGUUGGUGGCUCUUUUGAAACCGACCAUCAACCAGUUGCGUGCUUCUGGUGUGGAUAUUCUUGACAAUACUGAACAAGAUCUGGAGAGGGUGCAGGGUUUGGUGGACCACCUACAGGAGAAAUCAAGAGAAGGUACCUUGAGGUCAGAUAACUACUCCUUUCUGGCAGCCGACGAGGAUGCCCCACCAGGGGAGGAAGACUUCAGGAUGAUGAGCAUCUAUCCAACUAUUGAGGAGUUCCGCCUAGACCAGAAGCCUUUCCUGAGACCCAACAUAAUGUCUCAGAGCUUUCCCAAUGCUCGCAUCUAUCUGGACACACACUUCCGGCUUCUGCGUGAAGAUUUUGUGAGGCCACUGAGAGAUGGAGUUAGGGAGCUCCUGAGGAGCCAGCACAGUGAGACUGCCGAUGGAAUACCAAUGAAAAAAAGACGUUUUGAUGACAUCAGAGUCUACUUCGACACCCGGUUGGUUUUGCCGCUCUGCACACCAUCGGGAAUCGCCUACAAAGUGCAAUUUGACCAAAGGCCUCUUCAGUUUGUCCGGUGGGAAAAUUCCAAACGUCUGCUUUACGGAUCCCUUGUCUGUCUCUCCAUGGACAACUUUGAAAGUUUCCUGUUCGCCACCGUUACCGAUCGGGAUCCAAAGCUACUGAAGCAGGGACAGGUGCAUCUCUGUUUUUCUUCUGACAGCAGGGCCAAGUUGGCCAGCAUUCAGCCCUCUGACUCCUUCCUGAUGGUCGAGACCACGGCUUACUUUGAGGCCUACCGAUAUGUCCUAGACGGUCUCAAGGAGCUAAAUGAGAACGAUGUUCCUUUUCAAAGGUACAUAGUGGAGUGCAACACAGAUGUAGAUCCUCCAGCGUACCUUCGGGUGGAGGGACGGUCAUAUGAUCUGUCUAGCAUCAUGGCAGAAGGACAGGCGACGAUUGCACCCUUUAACCCCUUGACCCCACACGCCUGGCCCGAUGAGGAAAAAAUGGGUCUCGAUGAAAGCCAACUUCAAGCACUUAAACUGGCCUUAACCAAUGAACUGGCAAUCAUACAGGGACCACCAGGAACAGGGAAGACGUACGUAGGCCUGAAGAUCGCUCGGGCUUUGCUAGAAAACCAACAGGCCUGGUCAAAUGGUUCCCCUAUGCUGGUGGUCUGCUAUACCAACCAUGCUCUUGACCAGUUUCUGGAAGGCAUCCUUGAAUUUUUAAAAGAGGGCAUUGUGAGAGUUGGAGGACAAAGUAACAGUGAAAAACUGAAGCCUUUCAGUCUGAGGGAGCUGACCAGGGCUCCAAACUUCCGCAAAGAUUUGCCACAGCACCUGAGGAGAGCCCAUCAUGAGUUUCACACACAGAUGGACGUCGCGAAGGAGCUCUUAAAGAGACAGACUGCUGAGCUGGAGUGCAGCUUGCGUGGCAUCCUUAAAGAAGACUAUCUGGAGAGAAGCAUGUCCCCUGAGCACUGGGACAGUCUGUGUCUCCAGCCAGUGUUUAAUGGCUUUGAUGGAUUUCAGAGUGUGGGGAAAAAGAAGCCUUCACUCAUAGCAGAGUGGCUCGGCAUCGGAUUCUCCUUUUUUAUGCAGGGCCCACAACUAACAGAGGCGUCAGAUGAAGACGGGGAGGAGCUGGAGGAUGAGAAACUGAUAGAUAUCGACGAAGAGGCGGAUCUGAUCCAAGCAGAGAGGAUAGUGGUGGACGUGGAGCACGAGAGUAACGACUGGAAAAAGCAGAGACAUGAAGAGAAAAACAUUGCUGACAUCGCUGAGCAGAUGCUGGCUGUAAACCUGAAUGAUGCUGAAUCAAAAGAAAAGAGUCAGGCCCAUCAAGAGAACUGGCAGAUACAAAAGCACCAGAAGAAAAAAUUGAAGCAAAUGGCUAUAAGAGAGCUCAGGAAAACUUCAGCCAUGAAUAGGAACCAAGAAAGACAAAUCAAAGAUGUGUGGAGCCUCAGUCUUAAAGACAGAUGGAGACUGUAUCGUCUUUGGGUUUUUCGUUAUCGGAGUUAUCUUCGGAAUAAGACUCUGGCCUCCGAAAAGGUGUAUCAGGAAGCAGCGGAGCGGCUCACUGAAAUCCAGCGUCGUGAGGACAUGUGUGUGCUGCAGGAGGCUCGGGUCAUUGGGAUGACCACCACAGGAGCGGCUAAAUGCAGACAUGCUCUGCAGGAGCUGCAGCCCAGGCUGGUGAUCGUGGAGGAGGCGGCAGAGGUGUUGGAGGCGCACACCAUCACCACCCUCAGCAAAGCCUGCCAGCACCUCAUUCUGAUCGGAGAUCACCAACAGUUGAGGCCUAGUGCAACAGUGUAUGACCUGGCCAAGAAUUUCAAUCUGGAGGUGUCAAUGUUCGAGAGGCUUGUCCAAGUGAACUUUCCAUUUGUACGACUUAACUACCAGCAUCGCAUGAGACCAAGCAUCGCUCGACUGUUGACUCCUCAUAUCUAUGAAACUCUAGAAAACCACCCUUCUGUGCUCAAGUAUGACAAUGUUAUGGGUCUUCUGACAAAUCUAUUUUUUGUUGAGCAUUCUCAGCUUGAGGAAGAGAUUAAGGAUGGACGGAGCCACCAGAACCCUCAUGAGGCUAAGUUUGUGGUUGCGCUUUGUCGCUACUUGCUUCUCCAGGGAUACAAGCCUUCCCAGAUCACCAUUCUGACCACCUACACUGGACAGCUUCACUGUCUGCGUAAGCUCAUGCCCUCUACGGAGUUCUCUGGCGUCAGAGUACAUGUCGUUGACAAAUACCAAGGGGAGGAGAAUGACAUUAUCAUAUUGUCUUUGGUGCGCAGCAAUCUACAGAGGAAAGUAGGCUUCCUGAACAUAUCAAACCGUGUCUGUGUUGCUCUUUCCCGUGCUAAGAUGGGGCUCUAUUGUAUCGGAAAUAUGGACAUGCUCAGCUCAGUUGCGCUGUGGAGCAAUAUCCUUUACAUUCUGAGAGAGCAAGGACAAGUGGGUCAUGCUUUGACGCUUAGCUGUCAGAAUCAUCCGGAUAAACAGAUCCAUGCAUCCUGCAGUGAUGACUUCAAAGGUGCUCCUGAAGGUGGUUGUGAUCAGCCCUGCCAGUAUCGCCUGGAUUGUGGCCACGUCUGCACCCGUAUGUGUCACCCAUACGAUGCCGAGCACAAGGAAUACAAGUGCAUGAAAGACUGCCUAAAGGUACGGUGUAAGCUGAACCACAGGUGUCCACAUCGCUGUUAUGAAGACUGCGGCGAAUGCCAGGUACUCCUAGAAAAGGUAAUUCCAUCAUGCCAGCACAUCCAGAAGGUGCCUUGCUACCAGGAUCCUGCAAAGUUUGUCUGUCAAGAGCCUUGCCAAAAGACCCUCCCAUGCGGCCAUCCCUGCAAGGCAGCUUGUGGAGAGUCCUGUAGCACCCUGUCCUGCACUGCUAGAGUUCAAAUGGAGCUGAAAUGUGGACACAUGCAAGAAGAACCAUGCUUCAUUUCCAAAGACCCCAAAAAGGAGCCGAACUGCAGGACAAAAUGUGGCACCACCUUAAAAUGUGGCCAUCCUUGCCCGGGAACUUGCUAUGAAUGCUGUCAAGGUCGCCUGCACAAAGCAUGCACCCACAAAUGCCAACAGACCCUCGUGUGUUCUCAUCUAUGUCGGGAGCCUUGUGUAAGAGACUGUCCACCAUGUUCGGAUCGCUGCGAGAACCGUUGUGUCCACAGCGCCUGCAUGAAGUCUUGUGGUCAGCCUUGUGCCCCUUGCAACGAACCCUGCGAAUGGCAGUGCCCUCACCACAGCUGUACCAAGCUGUGUCACGAACCAUGUGACCGCCCGCCUUGCACUGUUCCCUGUAACAACACCUUGCCCUGCGGACACCGCUGCAUAGGACUGUGUGGAGACCGCUGUCCCGAUAAGUGUCGCAUUUGCCAUAAGGAUGAGGUCACUGAGAUUUUCUUUGGCAAUGAAGACGAGCCGGAUGCUUGUUUCAUUCAACUUGAAGAUUGCAAGCACCUGUUCGAGACUACAGGAAUGGAUCAGUAUAUGAAUCUUGACAAAGACCAAGGCGCUGAAUUGGAUCAAAGGGCGAUCCGACUCAAGGAUUGUCCAAGGUGUCGCACUCCCAUCCGUAGAAACCUUCGCUAUGGCACUCACAUCAACCGCAGCCUGGCAGCCAUUGAGAUGGUCAAGGAGAAGAUAUGUGGUGUGACGAAUGAGAAUAAGCAACGGCAGGAAAACCUUGCAUUGGAGCUGCCUAGGAAGGAAAACUUCAAGAAGCAUCUUCCCAAAGAGUUUGCCUUCCUUGAACAGAAGCUCAAAAUAAAGGGCCUUUCAUUCCAACAACUUUGUCAUUUUGAGAACCUGAUGACCUACCUUGAGAGUGUUGGGAAACUGAAAGCCUUGAAAGCAGAUUUUAUGAAGCCCUUUCUGGACGAAUUUAUUCCAUUCUCUACCAAACUUAAAGAGGUCUCAAGAUUCCUCUUAGAUUCGGGUCUGAGGUUUUCAGACCAGCAGAUUGAAGAUCUCGAACGUGAAAUGAAAAGACUCUCCUACCUGGCUGAACUCAACGUGCGCUGUGGCAUGUCACCGAUUAAAAGUCGUAUUUAUAGCAGUGAGAUCCAGCAGUUAAGAGAGAUCCUAGAGGACACUUUGCCUUUCUCAGAGGGUCUAGAACGUAAGAUCAAGCAGAUGUUGGCGGACCUGGAGAGUAAAUUGCCUCGCAGUGGCCUAGGCAUCACUGACGAAGAGAGGGUGAUGAUACUCAAAGCUAUCGGUUUGAGUAAAGGCCAUUGGUACAAAUGUCCUAAUGGGCAUGUGUAUGCGAUCGGCGAUUGUGGGGGGGCGAUGCAAGAAAGCAAAUGCCCUGAAUGCAGUGCUGCUAUUGGAGGCACCAAUCACUCUCUCAUUCAGGGAAAUGCUGUGGCAACUGAGAUGGAUGGCGCAGAACAUGCCGCCUGGUCAGAAGCUGCCAACUUAGCAAACUUUGACCUGCAAAACAUGGAAGAAUGAAUGUUGUCUUCUGCCUGCUGAUAGUGUUUUAAUCUGAUUAACAGAAAUCAUGAAAUGCUGUUUUAACCAGGUAAGGGAGUAGUUGCACCUUUAAAAGAGCAAGCUGCAAUUUAACAGUUAGCAAGAGCUUUCUAUAUCAAGUUUUUCUCCACACUUACCAAUGGUGGAAGAAUUAUAUUGUAUUUUGCAUUAUAUCUUUUUUGUGCUUAUGCAGCAAUUGCAUCUUGUUUACUCCUCAAAGCCUAUUCUUACUCACAUUUCACGCUGCUCCGCACAUUUCAGUUCAUUAGCUUUUUUUACAAACAUUCUGGAAUUCUUAUAAGAGUGAUAAAGUAAGCACUUUGUUGUUUUUUUUUUUAUAACAUAGAUGACUAGUAUAUAUUAUUAAAAUCAGUGUUUAUAUAUAUAUAUAUAUAUAUAUAUAUAUAUAUAUAUAUAUAUAUAUAUAUAUAUAUAUAUAUAUAUAUAUAUAUAUAUAUAUAUAGAUAGAUAGAUAGAUAGAUAGAUAGAUAGAUAGAUCCUGAUUGGUCAAUAUGUACUUAAAUGUCCUUGUUCCAGAUGUGCUUAUAUACACAAUGGAAACAUUAACGAUUAACAGUACCCUUCAUGUCAUAAACUGUAUAUGCUCACAGAAAAAAUAGUGCUUAAUAAAAAAAAUAUGCUUAAUAAACUGCAAAAAAA